GGAAAACCACAUUUCAAAUAUGGUAUCUUACACGUGAUUUGUGGCAUACUGGUCGGAUUUCCUGUGAUGCUUCUUUACUAUAAAAGCAGCUUGUCUAUUCACAUUUUCACGCAGUUCUGUAGAAAACAAUCACGAGGAAAAGAUCUCGAGUGACGCUUUCCAUAAAGCAUAACUAAACUUGUGAAAAAAGUGGUGAUUUGUGAAAACGAAUUCCAAAUUAGGAAUAUCAUUUAAAAUGGCAACAAAUUCUAAUGAGUGUCCUGAAGUGCAAACAGUUUGGGAUAUUGAUCCGAAUUUCGAGAGCCCGGACACAGAAUCGAGGCUCUGGGCAAAUGCUGAACCACCAAGUAGACCAUUAAAACCUGAACUUAAGAAAAUUCUGCCGAAUAUUCUGCAUGCUAUUGGAUUUACACCUGUCGUGAAACUCAACAAAAUCCCGCAAUCUCUGGGCAUUAAGUGCGAUAUGUAUGCAAAAUGUGAAUUCCUCAAUCCUGGUGGUUCUGUAAAGGAUCGCAUAGGCUAUCGUAUGGUUCUGGAUGCUGAAGAGAAGGGCCUGAUAAAGGAAGGUUCAACGAUCAUUGAGCCAACUUCUGGGAAUACGGGAAUUGGUGUGGCUUUGGCAUGUGCUGUAAAAGGCUACAAAUGCAUAAUUGUUAUGGCAGAAAAGAAUUCCAAUGAAAAAGUUGAUACAUUAAAAAUCCUCGGAGCGGAGAUUAUUAGGACACCAACUGAAGCAGGAUACCUAUCACCACAGGGAAUCUUUGCAGUGUCACAGGAUCUGCAGAAGAAGAUUCCAAAUGCUGUAAUUAUGGGACAAUAUUCAAAUCCCAGCAAUUGGUUGGCUCACAAAGAGGGAACUGGAGAAGAACUCCUUUGGCAAUUCGAUAAUGAUAUUGACAUGGUUGUAGCUGGAGCAGGAACUGGAGGAACUGUCACGGGGAUUGGGAAAGCGCUGAAGGAGAAAUGCUCAAAAUGCAAAAUAGUAUCAUUUGAUCCUGAAGGAUCCAUUUUGGCACGACCGGAGAAUCUCAACGAGAGCAAUGUUUCUUUCUUUGAGGUUGAAGGCAUUGGUUACGAUUUUAUCCCUACCGUUCUUAAACAUCAAUUUGUGGAUGAGUGGUACAAGAGUAAUGAUACGGAUGCAUUCCCCAUGUCCAGGCGUUUAAUUGCAGAGGAAGGUUUGUUAUGUGGAGGAAGCAGUGGAGCAGCUAUGAGCAUAGCCCUAAAAGCUGCCAAGAAUUUAGAGGCUGGACAGAAAUGUGUGGUCAUCCUACCAGAUGGAAUCAGAAAUUACAUGACAAAAUUCGUGUCUGACAAUUGGAUGCAAGUCAGGGGAUUCCUUCCCUUGGAAAAUACUCAUGGACAUUGGUGGUGGAGUAACCAUGUGGACGAAAUUCCAUCCAAUGAAUUGGUCACCCUCAAAUCUACCCAGACUUGCAAAGAGGCAAUUGUGACGCUCAAUGAACAGGAAGCUGAUCAACUACCCGUGGUUACAGAUGAAGGUUAUUUCCUAGGAUUGGUCACCCUCGAGACUCUGAUCACGCAAAUCAAUGCUGGUGUAUCCAAUGAUGAUCCCGUGACAAAGGCAUUGUUUAAGACCUUCCGUAGAGUCAAGAACGAAACAAACUUAGGACUUGUUUCCUGCAUUUUCGAAAAGGAGCCUUUCGUUGUGGUUACAAAACCCGUUGAUGUACCUUGCUCAAAACCUAAAGAAGCUGUAGAAAGGAUUUUGACGAGAUCUGAAUUCUUGAGUUACAUAUCAAAUCACGACAAUGAUAGGAAUAAAGUUGAGAAAAAUUAGGAUAUUUUAAAAUUAAAAUUUCUACUAUAAAUAUAAUUCAAUUAUUUUAUAUUGCGUGAAUAAAGCAGAUGAGUAAAAUCAA